UCUUCCUUGUUUUGAACUUUCACCCCAGACUGGUGCACGCUGGAAAACCUAACCAAGUGAAGCAACGUGGAUAGUAAAGCAAUACUAGUGUUGUUUAUUACAUUCGGAGUUGGCAAAGCCGCUUUGCCGCAUGUUUUCUUGUGCCGCGGUUUAAUAAGUCGAGGCCUCCACUCGGCUGAAAGAUGGGGAAGGUUCCCAAGAAGAGGAGCGUCGCCGACAAGGUCCGCAAAGCCAAGACCUCCGUGGAAAUCAAAAACAAUCCCUUCGAGGUGAAAGUCAACAGGAAGAAAUUCGAUAUUUUGGGGAGGAAAAGCAAGCACGAUGUGGGUCUGCCCGGGGUGUCUCGAUCCAAAGCAAACAACAAGAGAAAAGAAACCCUCCUGAAGGAAUACAAACAAAAGGGCAGGUCCAGCAAAUUCAUCGACAAGCGCUUCGGGGAGUACGACACCCAGAUGGCACCCGAAGACAAAAUCCUGAAGAGGUUCGCGAUGGAGAGACAGCGCGUCCACGAUAAGAAGGAUCUUUACAACUUGAACGAGGACGAGGAGCUGACUCAUUACGGCCAGUCGCUGGCGGAGAUGGAGAAAUUCAACGACGCUGUGAACAGCGAUGAUGAGUCUGAAGAGAAAGGUCUUUUAUCAGCUGAGCUGACGGCCUCCCACUUUGGAGGAGGAGGGGGUCUCCUGAGAAAGAAAACAGGGGAGCAGCAUGACGGGGAAGAAACUUACAGAGCCAAGUCCAGACAGGAGCUCAUUGAAGAGCUCAUCCAGAAGUCCAAGCAGGAGAAGCGGGAGCGACAAGUGCGUAAAGAGGAGUCUCAUGAGCUGACUGAGAAGCUGGACCAGGAGUGGAAGAGCAUCCAGGCUCUGAUGGUGAAAAAGACGCCCAAGGGCGACCGUGCCGAGGAGGAGAAGCCCAAGCUGGAACAGUAUGACAUGAUGGUCAGAGAGUUGGUCUUUGAGAUGAAGGCUCAGCCCUCGGAGAAGUUGAAAACCCCGGAGGAGCUCGCCCGGGAGGAGAGGGAGAAGCUGCAGAAACUAGAGUCCGACCGCCUGAGGAGGAUGAUGGGGGACGAGGUCGGGGAGAGCUCACAGAGUCAAAGCCACAUCUCUGCUGAUGACCUCCACGACGGCUUCAUCCUGGAUAAGGACGACGAGAAGACCCUGUCUUAUCAGGAUGGCAAAUGGAACAUCGGAGAGGAGGCUGACAAAGAUAAGGCUGAAGAGGACGAUGAAGAAGAGGGACACAGUGGAGAGGAGGAGGGGGUGGAGGAGGAGGAGGGGGAUGGAGAUGGGGAGGAGGAGGAGGAGGAGGAAGAAGAAGAUGGGGAGGAGGAGGAAGGGGAGCAGGAGGGCAGCGAUGAUGAAGAAGAUGGUCACUCGGACCUGGAGUCCGAGCAGGAAAGCGACGAUGAGGAGAGAACAGAGACCAGUGCCCAACCGAGCCUGAGCAAAGAGGAGAUGAAGGCCCAGCAGGAAGCCGCCAAAGCAGAGCUCCCGUACACAUUUACUGCUCCAGAGAGCUACAGUGAUCUGAAGGCUCUGCUGCAGGGCCACACCCCUGACAACCAGCGCCUCAUUGUGGCCAGGACUCAGAAGAGCAACCACGCCAGUUUGGCUGUGGGCAAUAAGCUCAAACUGCAGAAAAUGUUUGGCUUUUUGUUGGAGUACAUCGGAGAACUGGCCACCAGGAGUCCACCUGAACUCGCCACCGUAGAUAAGCUCAUACCAGAGUUGUACACUAUGUGUCAGAUGUUUCCAGAAGCUGCCUGUAAGGCCAUGCAGAGCAUCUUUGCAGACGCUGGUCAUAGCGUGGAGGAGGUGCUUGAGGUCAAAGGGCAUGUUCCUUUCCCAGCGCUGGACAUGCUCAUCUACCUGAAGGUGACGGGGCUGCUGUUUCCCACCUCAGAUUUCAGACACCCCGUCACGACUCCGGCGCUGCUUUACAUCAGCCAGGCGCUCACCAAGUGUCCGGUGAGAUCUUUGCAGGACGUGACGUCGGGUUUGGUGCUGUGCUGUCUCGCGGUGGAGUACGUCACCUUCUCAAAGCGCUUCCUGCCAGAGCUCGUCAACUUCCUGGCUGGGACGCUGCAUCUGGCCGUGAAGGACAAGACGUCCCUCGGCUACACGGUGGUGCCGCCCUUCAGGCCAACGGGGAGGUGCAGCGAUCUGCUCGUGUUGGCGGACUCCGAGUCCCGCAAGAGCUGGACGAAGAAGAGCCUUCCGCUGUCUGCGACCCGACACCUGGAACCCCGAAGCGAGCUGGACAGAGACCACCACAGGUUGAUGUGUCUGUCCACCUGCCUGGACCUGGUGAAGCGCUGCUGUGUGCUCUACAAAGACCUCGCGUCCUUCACCUGCGUCUUUCGGCCAAUCAGGACGCUGCUUUCCGAGCACCUCUCGGCCCAGACGUUACCGGAGCUUUUGCAGGAGCUUCGCGCAGAGAUUCUGGAGAGCAUCGGCGGCGCCGCUGUGACGCGCUGUCGGCUGGUCUUGGAGAAGAAGAAGCCGAUUCCCAUGAAGCUGCUCACACCCAAGAUUGUUGAAGUGUUGGACUACGGAAAGAAACGUGGCUGCACCAGAGAGGAGCGGGAGAAGGAGCGACUGAAGCACAAGUACAAGAAGGAGUUCAAGGGCGCCCUGAGGGAGAUCCGGAAGGACACGCGCUUCCUGGCCAGAGAGAAGCUCACCGAGGUCAUGGACAGAGAUUCGGAGAGGAAGAGGAAAGUGAGGGAGCUGUUUGGCAGCUUGGCCACUCAGGAGGGGGAGUGGAAGGCCCUGAAGAGGAUGAAGAGGAAGUGAGGCACGGGCUCUUCGUCGUGUCACUCUCAGUCAGCCGUUCCCUCGUCGCGUCCAGAUGUGGAAAACGGGCCCGUUUGAGGUCGACGUCGGUGGAAUUAGGAGCCGUUUUGUACUUUGUGUUUUUUAAUGGCAGGUUGGGACAAAUCCGACUUCUUUGUCACGACACGCCUUUUAUGUUUGACAAAUACCUGUCAAAUAUCAUGAAGUAGGCGUUUGAUGCAAAAUGGGAUGCUGUUGUUGGAGGUGUCAGUCAAUGCAGCAGUUUAAUACUCAUUUUCAGAACCCGUCACUAUAAUGUUCUGGAAGAGAAAUAAAUGAAGCAUCUUUCUGUUC